AUGGGAAGGAUCGUGUUCUAUGAGGACAAGAACUACCAGGGCCGACGCUAUGAGUGUGACAGCGACUGCACAGACUUCCAUUCCUACCUGAGCCGCUGUAACUCCAUCAGGGUGGAGAGUGGUGCCUGGGUGGUCUACGAGAGGCACAACUACACCGGCUACCAGUAUGUACUGACCAGGGGAGAGUACCCUGACUACCAGCGCUGGAUGGGCCUCAACGACCACGUCUGCUCCUGCAAGAUGGUUCACUUUGCUAGCGGUAUCCCCUACAAGCUGCAGCUGUACGGGAAGGGAGACUUGGCAGGCCAGGCGUUCGAGGCCACCGAGGACUGCCCCUCCGUGCUGGAGAAGUUCCACUGGCGCGAGGUGCCCUCCUGCAAGGUGCUGGGCGGCUUGUGCGUCUUCUACGAGCACCCCAACUACGAGGGCCGUCAGUAUCUCCUGGAGAAGGGCGAGUACCGCAAGCCGGUGUUUCCCAACGUCCAGUCCUUCAGACGCCUCACUGAGUAA